GAUUGGUGAGAGCAGGGGCUCGGCUCACAUUACACCGCCUGCCUGCCCCGCUCCCACAGCCCUGUGACAGCCGCUGUGUACAGACCAGUCUACGGUACAGACCCACAGGGUACACUGUAUAUUACACACACUCUGCUGCUGCACGUACGACGAGUGGAGGUCGCCUCCGUCCUGAGAAGAGUCUGUCCUUCGGGGGUUCAGAGCCUCCUUUUCCUCCUCCAGCCCGCUGCGGUCUGUCUGCCUGUCGGUCUGUCUGUGUGUCUCGUUACCUGCGGCUCUGCCCGGCUGUCUGUCAGUCCACCCGGCUGUUAAUGAGAUUACCGGGGGUCGAGGCCGCGCUUCAGUCCACUCGCCACGCUUUUAACGCUGAAAGUUGUAACUCUCUUUUCUGAAGCCUGGGUAAACCAUGCUGAGACUUGCCAGGAACCAGGGCAGAAGGGUGAGGGGCUGCAUGUGCAGCCAGCGGAGGUCAAACCACUACAAGGGUGUGAUGGGCAUCCGUCGUGAGGACGUCAACGUAUGGGAGAGGCGUGCACCCCUUGCUCCUCGCCAUGUAAAGGAAAUCACUGCUGAGGGCUAUAAAGUCCUGGUGCAGCCCUCCAACAGGAGAGCAAUCCACGACAGAUACUAUGAGAAAGCAGGAGCCAUCUUACAGGAGGACAUCUCGGAGGCUUCUCUCAUUGUAGGUGUGAAGAGGCCUCCAGAAGAAAAAGUUAUUCCACAUAAAACUUACGCUUUCUUUUCUCACACCAUCAAAGCUCAGGAGCCCAACAUGGGGCUUUUAGAUGAUAUCCUUAAAAAGAAUGUGCGACUCAUUGAUUAUGAGAAAAUGGUGGACGAGAAUGGUUUCAGAAUCGUAGCCUUUGGAAAGUGGGCUGGUGUUGCAGGAAUGAUUAAUAUUUUACAUGGCCUGGGUCUGCGUUUUCUUGCCCUUGGACAUCACACUCCCUUUAUGCAUAUUGGAAUGGCACACAACUACAGAAACGUCAGUCAGUCCGUUCAAGCAGUGAGGGACUGUGGAUAUGAGAUAUCUCUGGGAUUGAUGCCCAAGUCUAUUGGUCCCCUCACGUUUGUGUUCACUGGCACUGGCAACGUAUCUAAGGGUGCACAAGAGAUUUUUAAUGAACUUCCAUGUGAGUUUGUGGAGCCACAUGAACUGAAAGACGUCUGCGAAUCAGGAGACCGAACUAAAGUGUAUGGCACGGUCAUCAGCAGACGUCACCAUCUAAUUCGAAAGAGUGAUGGCCUGUAUGACCCUUUUGAGUAUGAGCAUCAUCCCGAACGCUACACCUCACACUUCAGAUCCACCAUAGCACCUUACACAACAUGCCUGAUUAACGGUAUCUACUGGGACCCUCACACUCCAAGGCUGCUACGACGACUGGAUGCACAGAAGCUCAUGAAACCUUCAAAGCUUCCAUCCUAUUCAAUAGAAGGCUGUCCAGAGCUGCCACACAAGUUCUUGGCUAUUUGUGACAUUUCUGCAGACACAGGAGGCUCCAUAGAGUUCAUGACUGAGUGCACCACUAUUGAGAAGCCCUUCUGUAUGUAUGAUCCCAAAAAGCACAUCGAUCACGACAGUGUGGAAGGAAAUGGCAUUCUCAUGUGCUCAAUUGAUAACCUUCCUGCCCAGCUGCCUAUUGAGGCUACCGAGUAUUUUGGUGACCGCUUGUUACCUUAUGUUUGGGAAAUGCUUCCUUCAGAUGCUACAAGACCACUGGAUGAUGAGGGCUUCACUCCACAAGUUAAAGAUGCUGUAAUAACAUCCAAUGGCAAGUUGGCUCCCAAGUUUGAGUACAUUGAGAAGCUAAGAGAGAGGAGAUAUUUUGAAAGUCUGGAGGACAGGGAGUCUGAGCAGAUCCUGAAGAAAGGCGGGAUGAAGCGUGUGCUGCUGUUAGGAUCUGGCUAUGUGUCCGGGCCAGUCAUUGAAUAUCUCACCAGGGAUGUUGCCACUCAGGUCACAGUGGCCUCAGUGUUACUGAGCCAGGCAGAGGAACUGGCUGCCCUUUACCCCAACACCAUACCUGUGAUGCUCGAUGUGUCUAGCCAAGAGGGCCAUCUUGAGUCUUUGGUCAAAGACCAUGACCUAGUGAUCAGCAUGCUGCCAUAUUCUUAUCAUCCUCUGGUAGCUAAGCAUUGCAUCAACAAGAAGGUGAACUUGGUGACAGCCAGCUACCUGAGUCCAGAGAUGAAGGAGCUUCAAAGAAGUGCGGAAGAGGCUGGCAUCACCAUAGUCAAUGAGAUGGGCCUGGACCCUGGCAUUGAUCACAUGUUGGCCAUGGAGUGCAUCGACCAGGCCAAGGCAGACGGUUGCACUGUGGAGUCGUUUAGCUCUUAUUGUGGUGGUCUUCCUGCACCAGAGUGUUCUGAAAAUCCACUGCGCUACAAAUUCAGCUGGAGUCCAUAUGGAGUGCUGCUUAAUACCAUCAGUCCUGCCGUCUAUCUCAAAAAUAACCAGGUGGUCAGUAUUCCUGCUGGUGGUUCUCUGCUGGAAAGCACAGUGAGCAUGGACUUCCUGCCUGGUUUUAAUCUGGAGGGAUUUCCCAAUCGUGACAGCACCAAGUACGCUGAAGCUUAUGGCAUAGAGUCUGCACAAAGCUUGGUCAGAGGGACCCUGCGUUUUAAGGGCUUCUCCCAUGCAAUGAGUGGAUUUGUAAAACUCGGAAUGAUCAACACAGACCCUUCACCAUUGCUCAAUCCAGCAGCCAGUCCCAUCUCCUGGAAAGAGCUGCUGUGUAGGCUGCUUGACUUGCCCUCAUCUGUUAGCAGUGACUCAGUUGAGGAAGUGGUGUUUAACCACAUUGGGAGAGAUGAGUCCAGGAUGCAGACACUCAGAUGGCUGGGAAUGCUGAGUGAUGAAGCUGUUCCCCAGUGUGGCACCAUCCUGGCAUCGCUGGCUAAACACCUGGAGACCAAGCUCGCUUACGAAAAAAAUGAGCGAGACAUGAUCAUCAUGAGGAAUGAUGUCGGCAUCAGGCACCCAACGGGCGAGCUGGAGACAAAGCACAUCAGCCUGGUGGUCUAUGGGGACCCCAAAGGCUUCUCAGCCAUGGCUAAAACCGUGGGUUACCCUGCAGCUAUUGUAGCUCGCAUGCUGCUUAAUGGUGAGCUGAACACUAAAGGACUUGUUGUACCGAUGACAAAGAAUAUAUAUGCCCCAAUUCUGAAAACACUGCAGGAGGAAGGCCUUCAGUUCAUCACCAAAAGCACUGUAACUGAGUAACCUGUUCUAAACACUCAGGCCUGGAGGUUCAGGAUAAGUAAUUUAGAUGGAUUCACAGGCCGUGAAGAAGUUGUUUUAUUGAAAUACAGAAAAAUAUGUGAUUAUUGACACGAAUCCAGGAACACCAUGUGUUCACUAAACAUCUAUUUUCUUACAUUUGUAACAUGUAUAAGACAAAAUACUGGCAUAACUGAAAUGCAGACUUUGGCAGGUGUGCUGUACAGAAUGUAACCGAGCUGCAAAGCAGUAAAACAGUGUAGUGUUUUUAUUUUACUCAUGUUGCUUUGUGCAUUUUCCUCAUUGGACAUCCUUUUAUUUAAAUGUGAAUAUUUCUUUAAAAAUUCCAGAGUUUUCAGAAUUACCGUUCAUAAAUCAAAAUACUGUUGACUGGGGUUAAUCUGCUGUAUUGAAGCACUUUAGUGGAUGUGUAGAUUUCAGCACUGUUACAGUUAAUGCAGAAUGACAACAGGUUCAAUCCGAGAACUGUUACAGAACUCACUCAUCUUUUACAGAAAUGUGUUUUAUUAUAUGUAUUAAAUGCUGAUUGGGGUGUUUACUCCAGGCUUUGUCAAUUGGAUUGUCCUUUUAAAAUAAAAUAAAUAUUAUGACCCCUUCUGUUGAUCAUCUUCAUAAGCCCACUGUUCAGAUACAGAGCUCAUUUUGUUGUUAAAAAUAAACAGAUCCAAUUUAAUGAACAGGGAAAAAAAAUCACACAGUAAACACAGUAAAGUGUUGGUGAACUGGAUACCACGCUGGCAAUGUGUUGGCACUGACAUCCUAACAAAAAUGAUCGCUUACUAAACAUAAUGGGCCCUGUUAUGAGUAAUUUAAGGCCAGAUCUAUUUGUAAGGCUGCUGAAAAGCUGGGUUUGUUAUCAGAUUCAGAGCCCUUUUGCUUAUUGCCUUCUCAUUCAGCUGAGCCUACUGUACUCAGAAAUAGCAACUGCAGGCCUGUGCAUACCCACAGAACCAAAACCAGUGCUGUGCGGAAUUUUGUAUCUUCUGUAAUCUUAUUAGAAGUUUCUCUGCUUUUAUUAGAUUUGUUUUACACUUAUUAAAAUUAAGAGUCUAGUAAAUGUAUAAAAGCAUUACCUGCAGUCUGUACAUUGAAGCAAAACUGGAAAUAGGGCUGUGGAGUCUCUGUUGUUUUAAAACUGUUUUAAGUGCUCUUUGCCCUCACUUUGUACUAAUUAUUUUUCUUGCCACCUUAAAAAAUAUUGAACAAUAAUAAUACAAAUCCAUAGUUUAUUUACCAGUUUCAAAGGGACAUGUCUGGGAAAAUGUAAUACAGCAAUAAAGACAUUUAUUGCGUA